GAAUCCUUUCUCAGCUCGACCUACCUCCGUUUCACAUACAUCAAAGUCUGCCCACCCUGAGUUCCUUGCACCAGAAGAAGAAGAGCAAGAAGGGUCCCAUGGCCGCUCAAAGCCUUAUGGGGCCUCCUACUUCGUCCAUUAACACAGAUGCGACCAUGGCUGCCGCAGACAACUCCAACGGCGCACCAGUUGAUCAGAGCAAUAACACUUCAAUCCCUGGUAGUGGUGUACCUGACUUUGUCAAGAAGCUUUACAAAAUGCUUGAAGAAAAAGAACACGAGCUCAUUGUGUCUUGGGGCAAGAACGGAGAGACCUUUGUGGUUAAAGAGCCCAACGAAUUCGCAAAGGCCAUCUUACCCAGGCACUUUAAGCACAAUAAUUUCGCAAGCUUCGUACGGCAGCUUAACAAGUAUGAUUUCCACAAGAUCAAGGCCACCGAGGACUCUACGAAGCCCUAUGGUGAUCAUGCAUGGGAAUUUCAACAUCCAAAGUUUCAGAUCGACAAGAGAGACCAGCUUGAGGAGAUUAAGCGCAAGACCCCUAAUAGCAAGAAGCCAUCAAGUUCUCAUUCAUCCAUAUCUUCAGAUAACGUGACCAUGUCUGAGGAUUAUCAAUCCCAGCUAGAACUCAUGGCAAAGGUGCAAGCAGAUAUGCAGGAGCAGCUCGUAAAGUGCCGAUCCAAGAUGGAAGCCCAAGAGAAUCUGAUCCAAAAUCUCCUCAAGACUCUUGGUUAUCAGAGCCUAAGUGAUGGAACUAUUACGACGAUACAUGGUACUCCAACUGUCUCCUUGAAGGAUAAUAAAAACUUCAAGCUCAAGAAUCACAUCAACUCUCGCUCACGUGCCUCGGGGACGCCAAUCAAACUUGAGCACCAAAAUGGAUUCAAUACCUCAUUCAAUGCCUCCUCCUCGCCACCACUCAGCCAAUCUAGUUACCCUACAAUAUCCACUGCCACCAUGAUCAAUAGCUCAAUACCCAUCUCAUCCUCAUCCAUUCCACAGACACCGACCAUGCCUAUAUCCACAUCGAUGCCCACAUCAUCGUCAAGCUUCUCUUUUGGAUCCGGAGCCACCAGCUCAUUCCAAGAUCUACCAAUGUGUCCGGACCCCAGUUUCGAAAGUCCCGUAUUCUCUAUCAGUCAUCUGACUUCAAGAAAGCUGGACGACUGGGCAAAAAUCAAGAAACCCAUUCAACGACAGUCUUCAAGACCCACGCAACCUCAUCACCAGCACGCCUUUCAGCACAACCUCCAGCAUGAUGCUUUCCAAACACAAGAUGGGAGCCAGCAGUAUCAUCCAUCACACUCUCACCAGUUUAUCUCUAGCCUGAGCGAGCAGAAUGGAAGGACGCAACGUUCCAGUUUCAAUGUCCCAAACUGGUCAGCUCCACCAAGUGUGCUGCUCGUGGAAGAUGACGACAUUUGUAGACGUUUAAGCUCACAAUUGCUGAAGAUUUUUGGCUGCCGUAUUGAUGUUGCGGAAGAUGGUGUUGCAGCUGUUGGGAAAAUGAGCCACCAAAAAUAUGACAUUGUUUUGAUGGAUAUCAUGAUGCCUAAAUUGGACGGAGUCUCCGCCACCACCCAGAUCCGACAGUUUGAUGCCUCGACCCCUAUUAUCAGCAUGACUUCGAACAUGACUGAUAAUGAUAUCAUGAACUACUAUAAAAAUGGCAUGAAUGAUAUUCUGCCAAAACCCUUCACCAAGACGAGCUUAUUGAGUGUGUUGGAGAAACACUGCCAGCAUUUGCGGUAUCUCAAAUUGGGGCCCAAUUCGCUGGAAAUCAGCCCUAAUAAUCCAAAUCCUAAUAUGAAUGAACAGGAGAGUCGUCUCAUUUUAUCAAACCGUCAAGGCGACCCAUCCAAUUCUGAGGGUAUGGACUUUUCCAUAGGAAGUUUCAUAGGGCAAGAGAGUAUCCAGACCAUGUCUGUCGAUAAGAAUGGCAAUCCCGAUCGUCAAGGCUCGCAAGAGAAUCAGGAGAAUAUGGAUAUAGGAUUUCAGCUGGGAUUUGGAAAUAUGCUGUCUCUCAACACUGUGGAUUCUUCUCUAAACAGCAGUUCAGAUGAUCAGAUGUACUCCCGUGGAGGCUUGAAGCAUGGAAUGGAGCAUAGUGGAUCAGACCGGGAUACCCAAUCUGGCUGUGGUAUUAACUCUAUGGGGUACAAUGAUAUCAUGGACUCUAUGGGUCAUGAUGAUAGAUCGACCUCAUCGCUCUCUCCAGAUCAUAUUCACAUGCAGCCCAGUCUUGGACAUCAUUCUCAACAACAUAACCAGAACAUUCAGGGACACCCAUCCCAUCUAAUGAGCGUCCACCAGCUUCCAACUCCACCCAACUCUAGUCAUUCCAACAUCCCGUCAUCUACUUCAAGAUACGCCCCUAAUAUGGUCACCUACUCAUCAGCACCUAACUCUUCAAUGAUAACUCCCUCCUACUCGCAGGACUUUGAGAACCCUUACUCUCAAAAUCAAUCGCACCAUGGGAGCAUUACAUUGCUCUCUAUAAAAUCUGACCAUGGCACCGCACACACAUUUGGGCUCCUGAACCGUAAUGUUGAUCUGAACGAAGGAUUUACGUUUGGCCAAGUCAUGGAUCCAACCGAAUCUAUGGACACCCAAGGAAAGCGGAAACGCGCCAAAAUCGUGGAAGUUAAUGAAUAGUUUUUUUUCCCUUUUUUCUUUUUUUUUUUUUUUUUUUU